AUGGAUUCUCAGAGGUGGCAUUCUACGAGGAUUUUCUGGUCGUUAUUAGUAUCAUCUUCCGUAUGCCUCGGCGCCUUGAUUCCAGUCCGAGAAGCCACAGGCAUCGAUACCCGUUGUAAAGUGAUACCUGGCGACGACGCAUGGCCGGGACCCGAUGUCUGGGAACAGCUGAACCAGACAGUCGGCGGACGGCUCAUAGCCACAGUGCCCCAAGCUGCUGUCUGUUACCCGCAGGGCUUUGCCGAUAUCAAACCCAACCAGGCCGAGUGUGCAGAGCUAGCAAAGAACUGGGAAUUCCCACAGACUUAUAUCAACAGUCCGGCUGCUAUCGCGAACCCUUGGUAUCAGAACGAUUCCUGUAGCCCCUUUUCUCAGUCAUCGGGGCAGUGCGAGCUCGGGAACUACGUCAGCUACUCCAUCUCCGUCGAGGGUCCCCCUGACGUGGUUGCCGCCAUCAACUUUUGCCGAUCGCAGAAUGUGCGACUGGUCAUCAAGAACACGGGACAUGAUUACCUCGGCAAGUCAACUGGGAAGGGCGGCCUGGCAAUAUGGAUGCGGAACCUCAGAUCCCUCGACAUCAUUGACAGCUACAACAGCGACGAAUACUCUGGCCCGGCUGUCAAGGUCGGCGCCGGAUGGACCGGCGGGGAAGUGCUUCUCCGUGUGGCCCAGGCCGGCUUCUGCGUUGUCUCGGGAGACUGUCCCACGGUCGGCAUCGCCGGCGGCUUCUCGGCCGGCGGAGGCCACGGCCUGCUGAACGGUGCUUACGGCCUCGGCGCCGACAACGUCCUCGAGUGGGAGGUCGUCACCGCCGACGGCCGCCACCUCACGGCGAGCCCGAGGGAGAACGCAGACCUAUACUGGGCCAUGACCGGCGGCGGGGCCGGCACUUAUGCUGUCGUUCUCAGCAUGACGGCUCGGCUGCAUCCCGAGAGCCACGUCGGCGCCGCCACUCUGAGCUUCAACGCCACCUCGAGCCCCAGCAACGAGACGUACGCCGCCGCCGUCGAGGCCUGGUGGCGCUUCCUCCCCAACAUCGUCGACGCUGGUGCCUGCCCCGCCUUCAACUUUGUUGACGGCGCUUUUAGCGUCCAUAACACGACUGCCCCGGGCAAGACAGCCGAGGACAUGACCGAGCUGUACCGGCCAUACCUCGAGCAGAUUGAGGAUCUGGGUGUCCCGUAUACCUUCACCGCCUACACGGCGCCCUCGUACAUAGACCACUACAAUUACACCAACGGGCCGCUGCCGUUCGGGCCAUAUCAGAGCUCGGAGCUUUUCAACAGCCGGGCGAUCCCGCGGACCGCCGUCACCGGCGAAACCGGCCCCAAGCGUCUAACGGCCGCCACCACGUCCAUCGUGUCGUUUGACCAGGCCGCUAACUGGCAGUUGGGCUGCAUGGGACUCAACGUGAACGCCACCAACAUCCCGCGGCACGCCGACAACGCCGUGGCGCCUUUUUGGCGCGACUCCGUCGCCGUCUGCCUCGAGUUCUCCUUCUACGACCGCACCGUGCCCGAGUCCACUAUGCUGGCCCGCCGGCGCGAUCUGGCCAGCCACAUACACCCGGCCAUCGAGGCCGCUACUUCCGGCUCCGGAGCGUACCUGAACGAGGCCGAUCCCCUGGUGUAUCCGCAGGAAGCGGUUGACAAGUGGAAGACUGCCUUUUACGGCGAAAACUAUAAUCGUCUGUACGAGAUCAAGAAGCGGUGGGACCCAGACUCUGUCUUCUACGCUUUUACUGCUGUGGGUUCAGACGAGUUCAUCCAGGACGCCGCGGGAAGAGUCUGUAGCGCUUAA